AUGGCAGAGGCCAGCCUGAGGGGCUGGCUGCUCUGGGCCCUGCUCCCGCACCUGGCCCAGGGAGAGCUGUACACACCCAUCCACCAGCCCGGCUACUGCGCCUUCUAUGAUGAGUGUGGGAAGAAUCCGGAACUGUCCGGAGGCCUGGGUACGCUGUCCAAUGUGUCCUGUCUGUCCAAUAUGCCCGGCUGCCAUGUCACAGGAGACCACCUGACCCUCCUACAGCGCAUCUGCCCCCGCCUCUACACCAGUCCCAGAACCACCUACGCCUGCUGCUCCCUCCAGCAGUUGGUGUCCCUGGAGGCCAGCCUGGCAGUCACCAAGGCCCUCCUCACCCGCUGUCCAGCCUGCUCCGACAACUUCGUGAACCUGCACUGCCACAACACCUGCAGCCCUAACCAGAGCCUCUUCAUCAAUGUGACCCAUGUGGCCGGGCAGGGGGGCAGCCAGCCCUGGGCUGUGGUGGCCUACCAGGCCUCCUACCAGCGCAGCUUCGCCGAGCAGACCUAUGACUCCUGCAGCCGAGUGCACAUCCCCAUCGCCACCACGCUGGCCGUGAGCACCAUGUGCGGGGUCUAUGGCUCCACCCUCUGCAAUGCCCAGCACUGGCUCAAUUACCAGGGGGACAUGGGGAACGGCCUGGCACCCCUGGAUAUCACCUUCCACCUGUGGGAGCCCAGCCAGACCCCAGGGAGUGGGAUGCAGCCUUUGAAUGGGGAGAUUGAACCCUGCAACGAGUCCCAGGGAGACGGCCCGGCGGCCUGCUCCUGCCAGGCCUGCACCGCUUCCUGCUUGGUCAUUGCCCAGCCCCAGGCCGUGGACGCCACUUUCCGCAUGGGCCGGAUGGCGGGUUGGCUGGUCGUCAUCAUCCUCUGCUCGCUCUUUGCCGUGCUCACUGCCUUCCUCGUGCGGCCCCACCUGGCCUCCUGCAGGGGCAAGGACAGGACACCAGACCCCAAGGCAGGCACCAGCCCCUUCAACAGGCUCAGCCUCUCCACCCACACUUUCUUUAGUCAGUGUUUCCAGGGCUGGGGCACAUGGGUGGCCUCACAGCCGCUGACCGUCCUGGUGGUGUCCAUUGCUGUGGUGGUGGCCUUGGCGGGGGGCCUGGGCUUUAUGGAACUGACCAUGGGCACUGUGGAGCUGUGGUCGGCCCCCGACAGCCAAGCCCAGAGCGAGAAGGCAUUCCAUGAUGAGCAUUUCGGCCCCUUCUUCCAAACCGACCAGGUCAUCUUGAUGGCUCCUAACCGGUCCAGCUACAGGUAUGUCUCCCUGCUGCUGGGGCCCAAGAACUUCAGCAGGGUCCUGGCCCCCGACCUGCUGCUGGAGCUGCUGGAGCUGCAGGAGAAGCUGCAGCGCCUCCAGGUGUGGUCGCCAGAGGAGCAGCGCAACGUGUCACUGCAGGACAUCUGCUACGCCCCCCUCAACCCCCACAACACCAGUCUCUCCGACUGCUGCAUCAACAGCCUCCUGCAGUAUUUUCAGAACAACCAGACGCACCUGCCGCUCACAGCCAACCAGACACUGAUGGGGCAGACCUCCCAGGUGGACUGGAGGGACCACUUUCUCUACGGUGCCAAUGCCCCACUCACCUUCAAAGAUGGCACGGCCCUGGCUCUGAGCUGCAUGGCUGACUAUGGGACCCCUGUCUUCCCUUUCCUCGCCAUAGGGGGCUAUAAAGGGAAGGACUAUUCUGAGGCAGAUGCCCUGAUCGUGACCUUCUCCCUAAACAAUUACCCUCCUGGGGACCCCCGGCUGGCCCAGGCUAAGCUCUGGGAGUGGGGCUUCUUGGAGGAGAUGCGAGACUUCCAGCAUCGGACAGCUGGCAUGUUCCAGGUCACAUUCAUGGCAGAGCGCUCCCUGGAGGAUGAGAUCAACCGCACCACGUUCCAGGACCUCCCCAUCUUCGCUGUCAGCUACACAGUCAUCUUCCUGUACAUGUCCUUGGCCCUGGGCAGCUACUCCAGCUGGCACCGAGUGCAGGUGGAUUCCAAGGCCCCGCUGGGCCUGGGUGGAAUGGCCGUGGUGUUGGGAGCAGUCACGGCUGCCAUGGGCUUCUUCUCCUACCUGGGCGUCCCCUCCUCGCUGGUGAUCCUUCAAGUGAUGCCUUUCCUGGUGCUUGCUGUGGGGGCCGACAACAUGUUCAUCUUUGUUCUCGAGUACCAGAGACUGCCUCAGAGGGCAGGGGAGUGACGGGAGGCCCACAUCGGCCGAGCCCUGGGCAGUGUGGGCCCCAGCAUGCUGCUGUGCAGUCUCUCGGUCUUCUUCCUAGGGGCCCUGAAUCCCAUGCCAGCUUGAACCUUUGCCCUGACCUCAGGCUUCGGGGUGAUCCACUUGCUGCUGCAAAUCUCUGCUUUCUUGGCCCUGCUUUCCCUCCACUGCAGGAGGCAGGAGGCCUCGCGACUGGCCUUCUGCGGCUGCCGCAGCGCCCGGGAGCUGCCCUCGCCGGCCCGGGGCGAGGGGCUGCUGCUCCGCUCCUCCCGCGAGUUCUACGCCCCACUGCUGCUCCCGCCGGUCACCCGCGCCGCCGUGCUUCUGGGGUUCCUGGCCCUGUUCGGAUGGUGUCUCUAUCUCACGAGCCACAUCAGCUUGGGGCUGGACCAGGAGCUGGCCCUGCCCAAGGACUCAUACUUGCUGGACUAUUUCCUCUUUCUGAACCGCUACUUUGAGGUGGGGGCCCCGGUCUACUUUGUCACCAUUGGGGGCUAUAACUUCUCCAGUGAGGCGGGUAUGAACACCAUCUGCUCCAGCGCAGGCUGCGACAGCUACUCCUUAACCCAGAAGAUCCAGUAUGCCUCUGAGUUCCCUGAGCAGUCUUACCUGGCUAUCUCUGCCUCCUCCUGGGUGGAUGACUUAAUUGACUGGCUGAUCGCAUCCUCCUGCUGCUGCCUUUAUACCUCUAGCCCCAAUAAAGACGAGUUCUGCCCCUCAACUGUCAGCACGCUGGCUUGCUUGAAGUACUGUGUGAGCCUCACGCUGUGGCUUGUCCGUCUGGAGUUCCACAAGUAUCUUCCCUGGUUCCUGAAUGACCCGCCCAACACCAACUGUCCCAAAGGUGGGCUGGCAGCAUACAGCACCUCCGUGGAUUUGGGCCCCAAUGGCCAGGUUUUAGCCUCAUGGUUCAUGGCCUACCACAAGCCCCUGAAGAACUCGCAAGACUACACAGAGACUCUGCAGGCAUCUCGGGUGCUGGCAGCCAACAUCACUGCUGACCUGCGGAACGUGCCGGGCACGGACCCGGCCUUUGAGGUCUUCCCCUACACGGUCACUAACGUGUUCUACGAGCAGUACCUGACUGUGAUUCCCGAGGGCCUCUUCAUGUUCAGCCUCUGUCUGGUGCCCACCUUUGCUGUCUGCUACCUCCUGCUGGGCAUGGACCUCCACUCUGGCCUCCUCAGCCUGUUCUGCAUUGUCAUGAUCCUCGUGGACACCGUGGGCUUCAUGGCCUUGUGAGGCAUCAGCUACAACGCUGUGUCCCUCAUCAACUUGGUCACAGCGGUGGGCAUCUCUGUGGAGUUCGUGUCCCACAUCACCCACUCCUUUGCCAUCAGCACCAAGCCCAUCUGGCUGGAGAAGGCCAAGGAGGCCACCAUCUCCAUGGGCCGUGUGGUGUUUGCCAGAGGGGCCAUGAGCAACCUACCUGGCAUCCUCGUCCUGGGCCCAGCCAGUGGGCAGCUUAUCCAGAUCUUCUUCUUCCACCUCAACCUCCUUCUCACUCUGCUGGGCCUGCUACAUGGCCUCGUCUUCCUGCCGGUCAUCCUCAGCUACCUGGGGCCUGAUGUCAACCCAGCUCUGGUGCUGGAGCAGAAGCGGGCGGAGGAGGCAGCUGCAGCCAGGAAGGCUUCCUGCCCCAAGCAGCCCACCCUGACGGACAUGGUCAGCAGCAUCUAUGUCAGCUGUGGCUUUGAACAUCCCACUGAACGCGCAGGCGGUGGCAGCAGCUCUCUGCCUCGCAGUGGGCAGGAGUUCUGACGGAGCCAGAGCCCCAUCUGAGCUCACUGUCCCUGA